AUGAACAAAGCACUCGUCUUCAAGAAGGUGCCCAAUGGGUAUCCCGUCCCUGGCGAAGAUGUGGCGAUCGACUCUGCCGCAUACGGCGCCGACGUGGCCACGCCUACGAACGGAAUCGUGAUCCAGUCAAUGUACGCCAGUUUCGAUCCGUACAUGCGCGCAAAGAUGCGCCCCGCGGAGGCCAAGUCGUACUCGCCGGCGUUUGUCAUCGGGGCGGCCAUGGACAGCUUGUGUAUCGGCAAGGUGGUGCGGUCGAACACCGAGGCAUACGCAGAGGGCGACGUGGUGAUCGGAUAUUACCCUAUCCAAGAGGUUGUGGCGCUGGACGAGGCCUCGCUGCCGCGCAUCCGCAAGCUGGAGAACCCGCUUGGCCUUGACAUCCGUCUUUUCCUGGGCGCGCUGGGCAUGCCCGGCUUGACGGCGUUCUCGUCGCUGUAUGAGAUCGGCAAGCCGAAGCGUGGCGAGACCAUCUUCGUGUCGGCGGCGAGCGGCGCCGUGGGUCAGAUUGUCGGCCAGCUGGCCAAGCACGAGGGGUUGAAGGUGAUCGGCAGCGUGGGCUCGGACGAGAAACUGAAGUAUAUCAUUGACGAGUUGGGCUUCGACGGCGGCUUCAACUACAAGAAGGAGAAGCCGAGCGAGGCGCUGGCUCGCCUUGCCCCCGAGGGUAUCGACAUCUAUUACGAGAAUGUGGGCGGCGAGCACCUGGCUGCUGCCCUCGACGCGAUGAACGACUUUGGCCGCGUCGUCGUCUGUGGCCUCAUCUCCCAGUACAACAGCGCGCCUUACCCUAUCACCAACCUCCAGAACAUUGUUGCCAAGCGUCUCGCCAUCCGCGGCUUCAUCGUCGGCGACCCGGGCUUCGCCGAUGUCUACCGCGUCGAACACCAGAAAAAGGUCCAGGCCUGGAUCAAGGAUGGAACCUUCAAGGCCCUCACGCACGAGACUGUCGGCAUCGACAAUGCCCCGGAGGGCUUGGUCGGUAUCUUCUAUGGCAAGAACAUGGGCAAGGCGGUCCUGAAGUUUUAA